AUUAACUCGUCCGCCAUGCAUCAGGCGCCGCCGGCCAGCGAAGAAGAAUAGCAGCACGCAUCGAGAUCAAAACCCGUAGAAACCCCGCACAACCCGACGGCGAGUGACCCUUUCCCGCGUCCUGACGGCCAUCAGCGCUCGUGCAGCGGCAGAGAGAGAGUGAGCGUCCGAGGAGAGCGAUCGCGCGGCUUGACGUUAGCCGAGUAUGGAGUGGCAGCCGGAUGAGCAGGGUUUACAGCAGGUGCUGCAGCUACUGAAGGACUCGCAGUCACCAGAUACGGCCACACAGAGAGCCGUUCAAGAGAAACUGGAGCAGCUGAAUCAGUAUCCUGACUUCAACAAUUAUCUCAUCUUCGUCCUCACCAGCCUCAAAUCUGAAGAUGAGCCGACUCGAUCUCUGAGCGGUCUGAUUCUCAAGAACAACGUGAAGGCUCACUAUCAGAACUUUCCUCCUGCUGUGGCCGACUUCAUCAAGAGAGAGUGUCUAAACAACAUUGGAGACCCGUCCCCUCUUAUCCGCGCCACCAUCGGUAUUCUCAUCACUACUAUCGCCUCUAAAGGAGAACUGCAGACAUGGCCAGAACUGCUGCCUCAACUCUGCAACCUGCUCAACUCGGAGGAUUACAACACCUGUGAGGGCUCUUUUGGUGCGCUGCAGAAGAUCUGCGAGGACUCGUCUGAGCUAUUGGACAGUGAUGCUCUGAAUCGACCCCUAAACAUCAUGAUCCCUAAAUUCCUGCAGUUCUUCAAACACUGCAGCCCCAAGAUCAGGUCUCAUGCUAUAGCGUGUGUGAAUCAGUUUAUCAUUGGCAGAGCUCAGGCUCUGAUGGACAACAUCGACACUUUCAUAGAGUCUCUGUUUGCUCUGGCGGGUGAUGAAGACUGUGAGGUGAGGAAGAACGUGUGCAGAGCUCUGGUCAUGCUGCUGGAAGUGCGAAUCGACCGUCUCAUACCACACAUGCACAGCAUCAUACAGUACAUGCUGCAGCGCACACAGGAUGCAGAUGAGAAUGUGUCUCUGGAGGCGUGCGAGUUCUGGCUGACUCUAGCUGAGCAGCCCAUCUGUAAAGAGGCUCUGUCAGGACACCUGGUCCAGCUUAUCCCCAUUCUAGUGAACGGAAUGAAGUAUUCUGAGAUUGACAUCAUCUUACUGAAGGGUGAUGUGGAGGAGGAUGACAACGUUCCAGACAGCGAGCAGGAUAUCAAACCUCGCUUCCACAAGUCACGUACUGUCACUCUGCAGCAUGAGGGUGGAGAGGGGGAGGAGGGGGAGGACAUCGACGAAGACGAGGAUGAUGAUGAUGACACACUGUCUGACUGGAACCUACGUAAAUGUUCUGCUGCGGCACUGGAUGUUCUGGCUAACGUAUUUCGUGAUGAGCUGUUGCCGCACCUGCUGCCUCUACUGAAGGGUCUGCUGUUCCACCCCGACUGGGUCAUUAAAGAGUCUGGAAUACUGGUGCUGGGAGCCAUUGCCGAGGGCUGUAUGCAGGGUAUGGUUCCGUAUCUGCCCGAGCUGAUCCCACACCUCAUCCAGUGUCUGUGUGAUAAGAAGGCUCUGGUUCGAUCUAUCGCCUGCUGGACGCUCAGUCGCUAUGCACACUGGGUAGUGAGCCAGCCGCCGGACGCGCACCUCAAACCGCUCAUGACUGAGCUGCUCAAACGCAUUCUGGACGGAAACAAAAGGGUGCAGGAGGCCGCCUGCAGUGCGUUUGCAACUCUGGAGGAGGAGGCGUGUACGGAGCUGGUUCCGUAUCUGAGCUUUAUAUUGGACACUCUGGUGUUUGCGUUUGGGAAAUAUCAGCAUAAGAACCUGCUCAUCCUCUACGACGCCAUUGGCACCCUGGCAGAUUCAGUCGGACAUCAUCUGAACCAACCGGAAUACAUCCAGAAACUGAUGCCGCCUCUGAUCCAGAAGUGGAACGAACUGAAGGAUGAAGAUAAAGACCUGUUUCCCCUGCUGGAGUGUUUGUCGUCUGUGGCUACAGCGUUACAGAGCGGGUUCCUCCCGUACUGUGAGCCCGUGUAUCAGCGCUGUGUUACUCUGGUGCAGAAAACCCUUGCACAAGCCAUGAUGUACAGUCAGCAGCCAGAUCAGUACGAGGCUCCUGAUAAAGACUUUAUGAUCGUCGCUCUGGAUCUGCUCAGCGGAUUGGCCGAGGGUCUCGGUGGGCACGUGGACCAGCUGGUUUCCCGCAGCAACAUCAUGACACUUCUGUUCCAGUGCAUGCAGGACACAAUGCCAGAGGUGCGACAGAGCUCGUUUGCUUUACUGGGUGAUCUGACCAAGGCCUGUUUUCCACACGUCAAACCCUGCAUCGCUGAGUUCAUGCCGAUCCUGGGGACGAAUCUGAACCCUGAGUUCAUCUCAGUGUGUAAUAACGCCACCUGGGCCAUCGGAGAGAUCUGCAUGCAGAUGGGUGUGGAGAUGCAGCCCUACGUUGCUCUGGUUCUUCCUCAUCUGGUGGAGAUCAUUAAUAGGCCCAACACUCCCAAAACCCUGCUGGAGAACACUGCCAUCACAAUUGGUCGCCUGGGUUACGUCUGUCCACAGGAAGUGUCUCCCAUGUUGCAACAGUUCAUCAGGCCCUGGUGCACAUCGUUACGGAACAUCAGAGAUAAUGAAGAAAAGGACUCCGCCUUCAGAGGCAUCUGCGUGAUGAUUGGUGUAAAUCCUGGGGGGGUGGUCCAGGAUUUCAUCUUCUUCUGUGAUGCGGUGGCCUCCUGGGUCACCCCUAAAGAUGACCUGAGGGACAUGUUUUACAAGAUCCUGCAUGGUUUUAAGGACCAAGUCGGCGAGGAGAACUGGCAGCAGUUCUCAGAGCAGUUUCCUCCCAUACUGAAGGAACGCCUCUCUGCAUGCUAUGGCGUGUAGCCCCGCCCCCUCUGCUUCACACACAGCACAUGCUGUCAGUUGAACCUUUAGGAGGGGGGAACUCAUCCAUCUGUGUAUUGCACUGCCCUGAUCAUGGGGGAGAGGGAUGCUCCACCUGACGGACAGACCCCACGCCCUUUGUGUGUCCAUGAGGGUGGG